UAAUGCAUAUGAUCUCUCCAGGCGCGAAGGCACUCUCCUUUGCACCUGACAAAAAGAAAAGGACCCUUCAAUUCAAAGGUGGAUUCUGACACGCAAAAUGAAGCCUUGUGAGCCGCACCACUGUGUUGCUGCUGCUAGUGUACGGCCUCAGAAAAUGAACCCACCUUGCAAUAUUGGCUGAAAGGGCAAGUUGGCGCCGUGAUAUUUUUAUGGGCAGCCUGUGUUGAUAACAGCUGCCCAAGGCCACAACCUCCUUUUGGUUAAAGAAGCCAGCAGUCUGAGUUUAUGAAAGUUUGCAUUGGCAUAUAUGAGAGAUAGAGAGAGAGGGAGAGGGAGAGCGAUAAGUGUUUCUGUGGUAGCCAUGGCGUCGUACCAUAGAGAGGUUUCCCCCUCCCUCACCAACCAUAAAAACACCCAACAGCCCAUUCUUUAAAGAUCCUUCCUGAAGACCCCUCUGUACAUUAAGCCAGGCUGCCCUUCCAAGGAAGAAUAAAGGAAGCCAUGAUCAACAAGGGUGAAGAUGAGGAGGGCAUGACACAAUGGUUUGAAGAGGUUACCAGGGAUGCGGAGGAGGUACAGACCAGCAUUCUUGGCAAGAUAAUACGCCAGAAUUCAGGAACAGAGUACCUCCGGAAAUGGCUGGGACAGGUCCAGGUUGAUGAGGUGGAUGACCAUGCUCUCGAGUCAUACUUCACAUCAUUGUUACCACUUUCAACGCAUGCAGAUUAUGAAACUUACAUUCAGAGGAUUGCAGACGGAGACUCAUCUCCCAUACUCACUCAACAGCCAAUUACCACUCUUUCAUUAAGCUCAGGGACAACAGAAGGAAGACCCAAGUACCUGCCAUUUACAAGUCAUAGUGCUCAAUCUACUGUUCAUAUGUUCAGGCUGGCAGCAGCCUAUAGGUCAAGGGUUUUCCCAAUUAAGGCUGGUGGGAGGAUUUUGGAAUUCAUUUACAGUGGCAAGCAAUUUCAAACGAAGGGGGGGAUGAAGGUGGGAACAGCAACCACUCAUUAUUUUGACAGUGCGGAGUUCAAAAUAAAGCAAAAGCAAACAAAGGCGUUCACGUGCAGCCCUGUUGAGGUCAUCUCUAGUUCAGACCAUAAGCAAUCAACAUACUGUCAUCUCCUUUUGGGACUGUUCUUCUCAGAAAAGGUGGAGUUUGUCACUUCCACCUUUGCCUACACAAUAGUCGAGGCAUUCAGGGAAUUUGAGCAGCUGUGGGAGGAAAUCUGCAGGGACAUAAGAGAAGGUGAUCUGAGCCCAAGAAUCACAUCCCUCGUCAUGAGAAAAGCAGUCCUUGAGUUGAUCUCCCCUGCCCCGCUUCUGGCCUCAAUCAUAGAGAAAGAAUGCAUGGAAUUGAAGGAUUGGUAUGGUGUGAUUCCCCAACUUUGGCCCAAUGCUAAGUACAUAUAUUCCAUCAUGACAGGAUCUAUGCUGCCCUACUUGAAGAAGCUGAGGCAUUAUGCGGGCCACCUGCCUUUGGUUGGUGCAGACUAUGGGGCUACAGAAUGCUGGAUUGGUGCCAAUAUAGACCCUGCCGCUCCUCCUGAGCUUGUCUCCUUCACUGUAGUCCCAACUUUUGCUUAUUUUGAGUUUCUGCCUCUUCAUAGACACAGGAGCCAAGAUGCUGCUGCCAUGCAUGAAUUCACUGAGGCCCAGCCAGUGAGACUCUCUCAAGUGGAACUUGGUGAAGAAUAUGAAGUUGUUGUCACCACCUUCACAGGUCUCUACAGGUACAGGUUAGGAGACGUUGUUCAGGUCUCAGGCUUCCACAAUAGAUCCCCCAAGCUGAGUUUUGUCUGCAGAAGGAAGCUCACUCUGACGGUCAACAUUGACAAGAACACGGAGAGGGACCUGCAGCUGGUCGUAGCAAAAGGAUGCCAACUACUGAACGACUCGGGCCUCGAGCUCGUCGACUUCACCAGCACGGCCAACCUCUCUGCGUCGCCGGGGCGUUACGUGAUAUACUGGGAGCUCGGCCAUGGCGGCAGGGCCGACACGAGGCUCCUGGCCGAGUGCUGCAAGAAGAUGGACGAGUCCUUUGUGGACCCUGGCUACGUGGUGGCCAGGAAGUCGCACUCCAUAGGGCCGCUUGAGCUGUGCAUCGUGGAGAAGGGCACCUUCAAGAAGAUCCUUGACCAUUUUGUGAGAGACGGAGCGUCGCUGAGCCAAUUCAAGACUCCUAGGUGCACCACGAACCAGCUCUUUGUUAGGAUCCUUGAGAGCUGCACGGUUGAGAGGUUCUGCAGCACGGCCUACUGCUGAGAAGAGUGUGAACAACUCAAUAACAUUAUUAGAUCCAGGAUCUAAUUGAUAUCAAUAUAAUGCAAACCACACAUGGAAGUUCAAAAGAUGUCGUAGUGAAAAGAUGAAAUAAUGGCUUCAAUUUGUUGAUGCAUCUAGUUCGUUGUUUCUGGUUGGUACAACAGUUUCUCAAGCAAUUGAAACGAGUUCCUUAAUGUUUCAA